UAAAAAGUUAAUUGCCUUCAUUGCAUUUAAUUGCUUCCAUGGCUACGGUUAAGGACUGGCAGGCUCAAACAAAUUCUAUUGUGUGCAUGGCAUGUUGUAUAUUUUGGGUUAAUAUAAUCAGGACCUCAAGGUCAGCAGAAAAGCAGAACCUAGGUAUGGUUGUUAGUCUAUUCUUUUUUGUUAGGGUUGGGUAACAUGCUCCUCCUCAUGCUCAGGAAAGGAAAAUGCAGUGAUUAUCAAACAUAAUCACUAAAUCCUACUUGCAUACUCCUGUCCUGUUGUUAUGUUUGCUAAGCUGUAGCGGAACAAAGUCAACAGAAAAAGUGCGAUUAAUAGCAGAGCUUUGGAAACCUGAGAGUAAACAUCACUCAGAGUAUCGGCCAGUGCACUCAAUUGGAAAGGUUCUGUCUGCCCAGACUGGAUACCAUAGGGACUUUGGGGAGAGAACAGGCUUCCACGGCUGAGCUUCAUUGCUGACUUGAAGCUCACACAGAAAGAGAGACCAUGAAUGUGCAUAAGAAGCUGGGGGAAAUCAAGCUUUCCCGAGUCACUUUCCGCGCAUCCUCCAGACCACAAAAGGACAAUGUUACGCAGAAAGAAUCAACAGGUCCUUUAGCCCCAAGAGCAGUUGCAACCCUCAAACCUCAGCAAGGUGAAGGAGCUCAAAAGGCAGCAGAUACCAGGGAAUCUGCAUCACCCAUCAGCCUGAAAGGCCUACUAGCUGCACAGCGUAUUACACGGGAGCUGAAGAACCGAGCAGCAUUAAGGAGAAAGACCAGAGUCCGGACACAGAACUGCAGUCCAAUAACCAUUAUAAAUGAGCAGACUCCUGCCAAUUCUGCAAAUCCUGCGCAUAGAUUUCCUAAUGCUCAUGUGAAGGAGCUAAUCGAGGAGUUCCUAGCCACAAAGCUGAAGAAUGAGUCCUAUGAUCCUAGUACUUGUGCCGCUCUCACUAAAGACUUGUGUGAAGACAUUAAAAAGAUUGUUAGAAGAGUGACUCCUCCCCGAUACAAACUUAUCUGCAGCAUGGCUAUUGGGAGCAAGGACCGGGAGGACAUUAUGGUGACCAGUCAAUGUCUGUGGGACUCGUACUCAGACAAUGUCACUUCCUGUAGCUACCAGAACCGCACUCUGUUCUGUGUAGUUUUGGUGUAUGCAGUUUAUUUUGAAUAGGAAGCAGCUUUCCCUAUCCUCAGUGUAUUCUGUCCAAGUCAACAUAAAUUGGUUUACUUAAUGUCACUAGUACAUGCAGAAGUAGAUUUAGAGGACUCAUUUAUAGAAGUAAAUAAUAUUGACUUUUAUUUCACCCACACUCCACACCAACUUGUUAUUCACACCGAACACUAACGUGCCGAGAGGUAUUUAUAGACACACACCCACCAGGCCCUUCAUAUCAUGAAAGGGGCAGGACAUGUGGGCAUGAAUCUAUAAAUAUUGAUAUCAAAAGGCUUUCAUUCUCUAACUGAUUAAUAAUAACUUAACAUCUAUGUUCAUAAAUGAGUCUUUUUGCUUGCUACAGAAAAUUGAUUAUGGGUGAUUCUUAAUAGCAAGUGUCAAACUUUGCUAUGUAACUGUGGGGUAACACAUACACCCAUUUGUAAUAAAAGGUGCUACCGGUAAGUCUGCCCAGGUACAGUAACCUAUAACAAUCAAUAAGAUGUUUAUUUUAAACAGGUAACCAGUAAAUGCUACCUGCUGAUUGGUUGCUGUAAGUCAUUAGACCCAUAGGAAACUCUGCACCUUUUCACAUUUCCCCAAUAAUACCUUAUUGUUUUUCAGACAUACAUUUUUUAGUAGACAUCUAUUUAGUUGAUUUUCCACUGUGACGUGUGUAACUCUGACCUUUGCAGCUAUGGUGCAGAAUUACAAUGGUUGCUGCUUAAAUAAUCUGAAAAAUAAUUGGUAUAGCCUUUAGAGAUGCAGCAUUUUGUUUGACCAAAUCCUGGAACUCAGUAGCUGUAUUCUAUAUCUUAGGGCAAAGACAGACGGGGCAAUGUCGCCACAGCGACACCAAUAAAAGUUUCUCCUGAACCGCAUAUCUCCUUGCAGCGGCUUGUAUGUUUUCUUAUGGAAUUUAGUGCAAUUAAUCUGAUUAAUCGUAAUUUUAAAAAUUGAUGUGACUAAUUGCCCUGUGUGUCCUAACCCUAAUAUUUACAUACUAGCUGCAGGUUCCACUGCCUCUAUUGUUAUGGCCCUAAGGCCAGGGGAUUGGAAGCUCAGCACUGCUGAUAAUGAAUGAUUACAAAGGUUUUGUGUAGUUCUGUGUGUAGUAGUAAAACACAUCCUGGAUCUCUGGGAGUAUCCAUUUUUAAAUUAUUGAACUUCAAUUUCAGUGCAUAUCUUUAUUUGCAGCCAGGGUCAGACUGAUCCCUGCUGGGCGCUCCCAACGUGCCUAAGGGGGAGGGGGUUGGGUGGGCGGCAGGGGCCCAGGGGGUGUGUGUGGGGACCACAGCAGGGGUCCUUCUGGUGGGUUCAGGCCCUGCACCCCCAGUCUGACCCUAAAUGCAGCGAUAUAUCUGCACUCCCUAUUUUGAUUUGUGCUGCAGUUUGGAGAGAAAAAGCUUUUUAAAGGUUCAUCGUCUACAAAUGAUACACAAUCAGCUGGAAGAGCCCAAAAUCAUACAUUUUCUUUCCAGCGAUACAACUCCUUCAGUAUGAAUUUUAUAAAUUCGGGAGCAAGCCAUGGAUCACAUGAUUCUGGUUAUUGCUUGGGCUCUGUGUGGGCAUGAACCUGUCCUUUGAAUAAAGACUCCAGGGGGUGAAUGAAAUGUUGGACCUGUUCCCAAGAUUUCACUGUAAAUAGACUAUUGUAUGCCAACUGCAGACAUUGUAUACAGGUUUUUUUUUUCCCUUAAUGUGUGUGGGUGUUUGAUUGCCUUUGCACACAAAGUACAUCAACUGCAUGCAGCACACAACAGUCAUUGUACAUUAUUUCUGCCUAAACUCCUUGAAGUAACAUCUGUAACCUACAGGUAAAUGUUUCCUUGAAGUAAUUGCAACCUAAAAUCAGCAUUCUUUUAGCUGCAAUCAUUUGUACAGCUGUUCGAAUGUAGGCAUUUUUAUAUUAUUAUUAUUCGGUAUUUUAUAGCAUGUCAUUUGCAUCCAUUUUUGUCUCUUAUAUCAAUAUAGGCAUAGGUGCUGACUCUGUAAUACCACCCUCUGUAAAACACCCUUUGAAUUUAGAAUUAAAGGGAUUAUGCCUCUCUUUGAAAAUGCUGUGUUCUGUUGUAUAAAAUAUAGCGCUACAAUAAAUCUUGAAAUAUA